AUGAUAGAGAUUGAAGACGUAAGCCCAGAAGUGUGCAGAAUCAGUAAUUUUGAUGUAUGGAACUAUACAUUUAGUAUAAAAGCCCUAAAGAAAGGCACAACCAGCUACCCAGCUCUCAGCAAUGGCAGUGGUAGCAGCAGCAGCCCAGUGUCAGCCCUCAGCAGUGGUAGCAGCAGCAGCCCAGUGUCAGCCCUCAGCAGUGGUAGCAGCAGCAGCCCAGUGUCAGCCCUCAGCAGUGGUAGCAGCAGCAGCCCAGUGUCAGCCCUCAGCAGUGGUAGCAGCAGCAGCCCAGUGUCAGCCCUCAGUAGUCAUAGCAGCAGCAGCCCAGCUUUAGCACUCAGUUUGCCAAUUUGUUGGACUCUGGCCCAAUAUGAACACUUCAAAACCAAAUACUCGUUCAUAUUCCUAUCUAAUAAUGCACUGGGAUGUGAAAUAUGCAGAGAUGCAGGGUCACCAGGUGUGCUAAGAUCUGGUUCAAACAAAUACACUUUUUCAUCAGAGUGGCAAUAUGGCAGAGUUAAACCGUAUGGGGAUACUAAAGACAAGCAGAUGAGAUCGUUACGAAAAAAAAUAUGCGAGCAUGUAACAUCGCAUAGCCACAAAUUAGCCGAGUCGAUCUGUGAAAAAAAAGAAGAAAGUACAUUAGAUGCCAGCUUCCUAAAAGCACAACAAGAACAGCUGUGCACCACUGAGAAGGUGUUUAGGACGGCAUAUCACAUUGCCAAAAGAAAUCGCCCAUACACAGAUCACCCUUCACUCAUCGACCUACAGCGCAUGAAUGGUCUUAAUAUGGGGAGAGUUUUGCACACUAAUGUCACAUGCACAGAGAUUGUUCAUUUCAUCUCAAAAGAAAUGAAACAUGCCCUGAUGACCAGCAUCAGGAAUACAAAGCCCAAAGUGUCCAUCCUGAUAGAUGACAGCACGACACUAAGCAAAAAAUCGUGUUUAGUUGUAUACGUUCGCGCAUCGAUCCAAAAUUCAGACCCACUCACUUUUUUCUUAGAGGUUAUUGAGCUAGAACAGACUACUGCAGAUGGCAUCACUGAUGCAUUGCUCAAGUGUCUCAUGGACAAUGGGUUAGAUGAUGAGUUUCUAAAGCAGUGCUUUCUUGGCUUCUGCUCAGAUGGGGCAUCGGUGAUGCUGGGUAGAAAGGCAGGGGUGUAUGCAAAGCUAAAGUCCAGAUAUCCAGCAGUGGUUGGCUGGCACUGCCUUAAUCACAGGCUAGAGCUGUCAGUUGGGGAUGCCGUAAGGAGCUGUGUGGAAACCAACCACUUCACCAGUUUCCUGGAUAAGCUGUACUGUCUUUAUAGCCAGUCCCCAAAGAAUUUGAGGGAACUGGAUGAGGCUGCAUCAGUAGUGGGCACACAGUUGAGAAAAAUAGGCCGUGUGUUAAAUGUGAGAUGGGUUGCCUCUUCCUACAGGACAGUUGAGGCUGUCUGGAAUAUGUAUGGUGCUUUGCACCAGCACUUUAUUAGUGCUGGUAAAGAUACAUCCAGGACCUCGGCUGAAAGGUGCAUGUAUGAUGGGCUUGCAGCUAAAUUAUCCUCAGAGGGUUUUGUUGUCAAUUUGGGACUAAUGUUGGAUGCUCUAGAAGAGCUUAAAGACUUGUCUGAGGCAUUACAAAACCGAGAAAUACGUCUCUCAGAAGGGUUAAAAAAAGUUAAACGGCUGGCUGAUGUUUUCUUAGCAAUGAUGGAGACACCAGGCCCUCAUUACCAGAUUGCCUGUCAGGCUGUUCAGGAUGGUGUUUUUAAGGGGGUUCCAUUGAAAACUGGUGGGAGACAAAUAAAAAUCAAUCAUGAAAAGUUUUUUCAUGCACUUAGUUGUAGCAUGCAGUCCAGGAUGGUCCCAGAGCAUGAGCUGGAGCUUUUUAAUCAAAUAAACGUGUUGUCACCUGACACCUGGCCCUCUCCAGUUCCACUGCUGUAUGGAGAACAAGAAUUGAGGCAGCUGUGUAAUAGUCUGGCGAUGAACUACUGUAGUGUCAAACAAGGUUUCAGGGACUACAAGGAAAACCCAAACAUGGCAAUUAAAGAGGGUCUUCUGAAAUUAAAACACACAGUAGGUACACUGGCUGUGAGCACAGCUGAAUGUGAAAGGGGAUUUUCAGCUAUGAAUACUAUUGUUUCACCACUGAGAAAUCAGCUGAAGAUUGUCAAUGUGUCCUCACAUGCUCAGUAG